AUGGCAACUUCAAGAGCUCUAGCCGCCUUGGCAAUCUUCCUCCUGGUGGCGCUCUCGAUUUCCCACAUUGCGUCCGCACUCCGCCCGAGUCUCGGUGUUUGCCAUGCAAGCGGCUACCUCCCGGGGAAGUCAGGGAACUGUGAAAAGAGCAAUGAUCCAGACUGUUGUGAGGAUGGCAAGAGGUACCCUCAGUUCCAUUGCUCGCCACCGGUCACUGCGAGCACGAAGGCCAUCCUGACACUCAACAGCUUCGAGAAGGGCAAGGACGGAGGUGGUCCGUCGGAGUGCGACAAUGCCUACCAUAGCGAUGAGGAGAUGGUUGUUGCACUCUCCACCGGCUGGUUCAAGAACAUGGGCCGUUGCGGGCAUCGCAUCAAAAUCAAUGCUAAUGGCAAAUCCGUGUAUGCUAAGGUGGUGGAUGAGUGCGACUCCGUGUAUGGAUGUGACGAAGAUCACAACUAUGAACCCCCUUGUGCCAACAACAUCGUGGACGCCUCUCCGGCAGUGUGGAACGCCCUUGGGCUUGACCAGAACGUCGGCAUGGAGGACAUCACCUGGUCUGACGGUUGCCAUGCAAGCGGCUACCUCCCGGGGAAGUCAGGGAACUGUGAGAAGAGUAAUGACCCGGACUGUUGCGAGGACGGCAAGAGGUAUCCGCAGUUCCAUUGCUCGCCACCGGUCACCGCAAGCACGAAGGCCGUCCUGACGCUCAACAGUUUCGAGAAGGGCAAGGACGGAGGGGGCCCGUCCGAGUGUGACAACGCCUACCAUAGCAACGAGGAGAUGGUUGUCGCACUCUCCACUGGCUGGUUCGAGAACAUGGGGCGUUGCGGGCACCGGAUCAAGAUCAAUGCCAAUGGAAAAUCCGUGUAUGCCAAGGUGGUGGACGAGUGCGACUCUGUGUAUGGUUGUGACGAAGAUCACAACUAUGAACCCCCUUGUGCCAACAACAUCGUCGACGCCUCUCCGGCGGUGUGGAACGCCCUGGGGCUUGACCAGAACGUCGGCAUGGAGGGCAUCACCUGGUCUGAUGGCGACAACUGA